AUAUCAUGUGAGUUACAUGUAUUUAUUUAUGAAUAGAAGGAAGUUGUUUUAACUCGACUUAACGCAAUUGACAAGAUCUUUUUUACACAAUGGAAUCAAGAAAGGUCCACGUCCAAGAUGGCGUCGGCAAUGAGUACGAUCUUAUAGAAGCGGACGGUACACUUUUUCCGGAUUAUUUCGCCGAAGAUCCUGUGCAGCGGCUGAUAGAUGUGAAGUCUAUGACUGGUAAGGAUGAUGACGUCAUAAUCGCAGCUUAUCCAAAAGCAGGUACUCACUGGGUGUGGGAAAUUGCGAAUAUGUUACUGCAAGGUUCAGCCGAGUAUCACACGUCUAUGAAGGAGGCCCAGAUGCUGGAACUCACCGGAAGUAGUGGUGCGGACGCUCUGGACUCACCCCGUGUGUUCAAUACCCAUCUUCGCUUCGAACAACUGCCAGCAGAUAUGAUAAAAAGGAACUGCAAGAUUAUAUAUGUGACCCGUAAUCCGAAAGAUAUGGCUGUGUCAAGAUAUUGUCAUAAUGUCAAAGGAAGUGUUGGAUAUAAAGGGACUUUCACCAACUACCUUCCUCUUUAUAUGGACGGAAAAGUUGCUUUUGGAUCAUGGUUUGACUAUACAAUAAAAUGGAACACGACCCUCCGAGAAGAAAAAGACUACCCUAUACACACUGUUUGCUAUGAAUUGUUGAAAAGAGACACGUUGAACCAAGUUCAAAAGCUUGCCGACUUUCUCGGAGUUAAGAUAGACCAGUCCGUCCUACAGGAUAUAUGUGACAAAUGUGACUUUAACAAACUUAAAGAAGGAUAUAUAAACUCAAAGAAAUUAUUCGACGAAAAGGAAAAUCCUUUGUCUUACACAUUCAGAAAAGGCGAGAUAGGCGACUGGAAGAACUGGUUUACAGUGGCUCAGAAUGAACAAUUUGACGGAGCACUUCAAACAAAGAUGGCGGAAAUCAGCAAAACAUUUAUAUAUGAAUGAAUUUGUUAAUGAUGAUUUUAAUAAAAGAGCAUGUGGUGA